AUUGUCAAAACGUCACUUAAUACGUCAGUGAUAAAUAUAUAUAAAUGCACUGGAUUGGGAAUACCCAAAUGAAAGAAGUGUGUUAUUUAUUGUAGCCUACUGAAGAAAGAAUGAAAAAACACAGAAACAAGUGAAUAUAAUAAUAAGUUUUUGGCUGACAGACUGAAUCACAAAGAUGAACAUGUGUGACAGUAUCUCCUCUAAAAUCGGACAAUUCCGAAAGGCUAAUUGUGAAAGUGGGUUAAUGAACAAACGUGCUGCUCCUGGUCAGGCAUAUGUACCAACGGAUGUAGAACACGUAGCUAAUGUAGUCACACAUGGGGUAUGGGUAUUACCCAGUUUAAUCUGUGGUAUAUGGAUGUUAUAUCUGGCGAGUACAUCAGCUCAAUAUAUAACAGCUUUAGUCUAUGGAGCAGCAUUAUGGUCACUAUUUACUGUCUCAACUACAUUUCAUACUAUUUCAUAUACUGGAAAAUGCUCAAGUUUAAAGAAUUUUUUUCAUAUUGGUGAUCGAGCCGUUAUUUAUCUAUUUAUAGCCGCCUCCUAUACCCCGUGGUUAUGUUUAAAAGAUUUGGGUAAUUGGGGUAUAUCAGUAUUAUGGCUAGUGUGGAUUCUGGCAAUAUUAGGUAUAAUAUACCAAUACACCUUCCAUGAAAAAUAUAAAAUGUUGGAAUUAUUAUUUUAUCUGGUUAUAGGUGUUUGUCCUGCUACGGUAGCAUUUGCUAUGAAAGAAGGAUCAGGCCUAACAGAGUUAUGUCUAGGUGGAGCCACCUAUAUUGUAGGUGUUGUAUUUUUUAAAGCUGAUGGAACGAUACCCUUUGCUCACGCUAUAUGGCAUUGCUUUGUAUUGGUCGGAUCGAUGGUUCAUUAUUAUGCCGUUUGUACACAUUUACUAGGAAGCAGAAGUUUGGAUUCAACCCGUGCCUUCGCUACCGAAUUAUAAAAACACUGUAUCCCGCCAAUUGUGUAUUUUCAGAUAAUAUUUAUUAUUUUUUCAGGGCUUGUUCCACGCUAAAAUGUACUCGUAUUUAUUGUUAUUUAAUAUUUCAUUAAAGCGAGAAUUUCAUAUUUUCUAAGAAAGUCAAAACAUAAUUAUUUCUAUGUCUUUUGCUCAAAAGGUUGUCAACUCACUAUUAUACGAUUAUAGGUUAUCUUUCUCACACUUAAAAAUCAUUCACCCUAGAAAUAAUAACAAUUACCUCCCUUGUUUUUCUAUUCCCCCAUGGAAUAGCUAUCUUCAAACGUUUGAAUUUGAAGUUGAAAAUGAUAUUUUUGCCAAUUUCUCAACUGGCAAUAGUGAAUUAUAGGAUUAAUAGGAUUAUUCUUUAACAAGGUAGGACUGUUUAUAGAUACCAUCUAUUUAAAGGCUUUAUUUUAAUACAUUUUAAAAAUAUAACUUAAAAAUAUGAAAUUAUCGCUUUAAGAAAACAAAACUUUCAAUGAGCCUCUCGGCUUUGAAUCCAUCGGAUCAAAAAGGAGGCCCAUCAAUAGAUUUUAGCAAACACUUAUAGGUGGCACUGGCUUGUUUUUAUAUCGUCUGCAGAUAAUGACAAACGUUAAACUUUCAGUUUAUCAUAUCUUUGUAAAUACUGAAAGGAAUUGAACCACUUCUGGACUGGUAUGUGACAAGGAGUAGGGUCGCCUGUACAACCUCGUGGGUUUGGUCCGGGUCCUCCAUAAUCUCGCACUGCUAAAGACCCCUAUGUGAAAGCGAAUUAUUGAAAUAAAAUUGAACCAUACACUGUAUGUUAGUCCCGAAAUGACCUAGUUUGUGUCGAGUGGAUGUUAAACCCUAUCUCUCUCUCUCUCUCUCUACUUGUGGACUGAUAUUCCUGAUAGAGAUUCAAAUUCCACAAUACAGAAGUUUACAAGAGACUCAAUUUCACAAUCCCAAAAUGAUGGCUUUAGAUACAUUCAACUAUAGUUCAAGAAUUUAAUACAACAGAAACUGUUCGCUUUAUAAUACUUGGAAACAAAUGAGAAAUGGCCAAGUGUUCAGUAUUUAACUCCUGGUUGAUCAACCAUCCUUGUUUAAGAGGAAUCUGUGUAAAAUGUCAGAUUUUAAAGAAUUCACAAUAAUCCCAAGUUCUUGCUGAAUUAAACUCAUUUUUGAGAGGUUGCUAACUGUGUAAAAUAAGCUCAUUCCAUGACACCUGUUACUUCAGUUUAAUCUUAAUUCUCCUAAUACACAGGACACAAUUCUCCUAAUACCCAGGACACAAUUCUCCCAAUACACACGACACAAUUGUUCCAAUACACAGGACACAUUUCUCCUAAUACCCAGGACACAAUUCUCCUAAUACAGAGGACACAAUUCUCCCAAUACACCGGACACAAUUCUAAUACACCGGACACAAUUCUCCUAAUACACAGUUCUUCUAAUACCCAGGACACAAUUCUUCUAAUACACAGUUCUCUUAAUACACAGGACAGGACAUGACACAUAAUUCUAAUAUUCAGGACACAAUUCUCCUAAUACACAAGAAACACUCUCCUAAUAAUAUAAUACACAAUUCUUCUAAUACAUGGGACACAAUUCUCAUAAUGCACGGGACACAAUGGUCUUAAUACACAGGACAGGACACAAUUGACACAAUGGUCUUAAUACACAAUUUGUAAAGUAAUUAUCCUAUCUUCAUUACCUGGUUGCAGCAUAAAUGUAGGACAUUAAACUCAAUUCAUUCAAGUCAUGUUUUAAUUCCCGUCGUCAUGAUGGACCCCUCAAGGUGUAAAUCUGACCCCGAUGAGGAUACUGUAAAAGUAAUCUUGUAUAUUUAUUUAAAUGUAAUUAAUGUACAUUGUGUUGUUUGUGUAUAUUUUGGGUGUGUUGUAAUUUGUGAUGAAUUUAUUGUAAAAGGCAUAUUUAAAUUGUAGACAGCAACUGGGUGCACUUUUACCCCGUGGGUUUUCUCCUGGUCCUCCGGUUUCCUCCCACUGCUAAAGACCCCUACGCGCAAGCGAAUUAUUGAAAUAAAAUUGAACCAUAUGUUUGUCCCAAAAUGACCAUUCGGCCAUCCAACCCCCCCUUGCCAUAAAGAGCAAUUAUUUUGAAACCUAAAAAAUUUGUAUUAAAGAUGCAUUAUGUAACAAGAACGUAGCUCUUUGUCGAAAUCUUACAUUGACAAGUAAAUAUUGAGAUAUAUGUAUAUGGUCACGUGUCCAUGUUGGCGUGCGCGUUAAAGAACGGCCAGCAGAAAAGUAUGACAUUAAAUUAAACCCUAUUUCAUUUUUAAACUACAGAAGUUCUAUGGUCUUGUUAUGCACCAGACAUCAUAUCUUGGUAUCACUGGGAGUGUAACGUGUUAAAAACAUGACACCGUGAUAAUACAGAAUAUCAGUUUGUCCGAGAAAUGUUACAAAAACUUGUUGGUUAAAACAUAAACUUCUUACAAUUUUAUACCAACUUUUUUAUUUUAUUCUAUUCAUUUGUUUGCCUAGAUAUUUUUGCGUAUUUAAGUAUGGAUCGAUUAGAUUCUAUUCCCAAAAGGAUAACAAUAUAUAGUUAAGAGUGCAUAUAUUUAUAUAUCAAUUGCUCAAAAUAUCAUGUAUUACCCCCUGUAGCUUCUACAUGCCAAGCCAAAUUAAAUGUUUUUAUAUUC